AUGCUGGAACAGUGCCCCUUCUACGGCGGCUACAGCCUGACCGUGGGCACCUCGGAACGAGGCGAGCGCACGCCAGCCUGCCAGCUGGACUUGGGCGCCUUUCGGCACCUGCUGGUCGUGUUUGGCGGGCCACAGGGCCUGGAGUACCUGAACACGUGCUUCGACCAGGGCAGCCGCACCAUCCGCAGCGAGGAGGCCAUCCUCAUCUCCCUAGCCUUCCUGCAGCCUGCAGUCACUGCCGCCACCGCACCGCCGCAGUAG